AUGUUGGACUCGGUGGCAGUCCUGAAGAAUAGGGCUAAGGAACUAGGCCUUUCGGAUGCCAUUUGUACUCGUUUGGAUGACCUGGGUUGGAACACAUAUGGUAAGCUGGCUUUUGCUAGUAACUAUCAGCCCGGGCAGAUUGACGAGACACCCCUCAUCAAAUUAGCCGAGGAAAUCACUCAGACUCGGCCUCCAGCACCAGAUGUUCUCCCGUUGAUCAGACGUUUGGCGUAUGAGUCAUACACAUUGACUGCUGCAGAUCUGAGGUCUAAGAUUGACCGAAGGGAUGAAGAUGCACCACGAAAACUCGCUCAGGCUGAACGAGCGGCUCGACAUCAGUCACAAGCUUCUAGGCUACCGGGCCUUGAUCUUAGCGGAGAACUGGAGCCGAGUCAUUUGCUGGUCGAUCUUGUUUUCCAGAUGACGGAGGACAACCAGCUGAAGUACGUACGUUGGGAGCAGUGCACCAAACGUGAUCAAGAGCUUAUGGGGCUGAAGACUGAUCCAACAUGGCGUCCUGACUCCAGUGGCAUUGUUCGAGAGGUCAAAACGCAAGAGGAGGUGAAGGCCGAUGUUUCGACUGACCUCAAACUGAGGUAUGCCCUGCAGCGUCGUUCGCUGGCCUUUGAUCAAGCAAGGAUUGUGACCUUUGACAAGUUCGAGCGGUGGACACAGGUGCUGCUGGAGGCAUACACCUCAACACCUCCAGAAGGAUAUCGACGUGUGUCCAUUGAGCAGAUUCACCAUGCGGACAUGGAGCUUUUCAAGUUCUUGAUGAAGGAGACCAGAAACGGCAUUCGACCAGUGGGCACAAGCUUGCCACUUGAAGAUGCGCUGGUAAAAGCCGUGGUUGCCCCUGAAAUCCGUCUCCAUCUUCAACCCCUUCAAGGUUCUUCACCGUCCUCAGCGAAACGCAAGAAUGAGGAGGAGCAGAAUGACGCUGCCAAGAGGAGCAAGCAACCACCUGCCUCCAGCUCUGAGAGUGAGAAGCUGCGUAGGCAAGUGGAGAAUUUGCAAGGUCAGCUCAAAAACUUGAAGAAAGGCAAGGGGAAAGGCAAGUCACGAGGCGGCAGAAGUACCUCCUCUAUCAAGAUGCCUCAGGAGAUCCUUGGUCAAGCUGCGAUGACGCCUGACGGCGAGCCAAUCUGUUAUUCCUUCAAUUGCGGGGGUUGCAGCAGAGCAUCAGCAGGCCAGCGGUGCCCGCGCGGCUGGCACUUGUGUUCGCGAUGGGGCUGCCAACAACCACACUCUCAGCGUGACCACGCUAAGGGUGGUGUUGAUUUGGCGAGUGAAGAAGGUUUCCAGUACGUUCUCAACCUUCUGAAAGCAGACUCAACAUUGUAUCUUCACGCAGCCCCUCCAGAUGGCACUGCAUCCAAAGCUCGCGAACGGAAGUUGCCCAGACGAUUGCGUAUGAUGGGAGCGCCAGAACCGCGCCCCUUAAGAUCCUCAACUUUUCCUUUGGGAUUGCCACACUUGACUGCAGAUGAGGCGGCCCGUGUCAACAAAGCCAAUGACAUCUACCGCAACAUUGCUCGGUUGGUGCGCGAGUGCGUCGCACGCAACGUGUUGGUCUCAGUGGAGAAUCCCACUCGGGGCUAUCUUUGGGAAACUCCAUACUUUCAAGAGCUCAUUGAUGAAGGCUUGCUGCAUGAGGUCGCCUUUCAACAAUGCAUGUGGGGCAGUGCGCGCAACAAAUGGUCAAGCUGGUAUGUUUCUGGUGAUGUCUUGGACACGUUGGCUAAGACCUGCGAUCGCACACACCCUCAUGCUGGUGGGGGAGUUCGUCGUGAUGACAACAAGCGGCAUUUUGCCGCUGCGGAUAAAGCGGCCUAUCCACAGAAACUAUGUGAUGAGGUCGCAAUGUUAGUUUCACAGCUGGCAACAACUGCAGACGUCGUUUGGGUGAAAGCUGAACAUCCUCCCAAACAACGCAAAAAGGUGCCGUUUUCUAUGGCGGCAGCUGGCAGACAACCACGGGGAAAUCGUUUCCCUGCACUCAUCCCUGAGUUCGCUUUCACCAGCAAUAUCAACACUGCGCUGCCGUUGAAGUUGCCUCAAGAUCAAAAUCUUUCCUUGCAACAGUGCCAACAGUUGGAUGUCCCCCAUCCUUCCAAGCUCCUUAAGAUUUUACCUGGGGAAGACCGAGAAGGAGCUCAACCAACUAUGAAAGUGGAGGUGGGCAUUUGGCGCACCCCUGAACAAUUUUUGGAGCGUGCGUUGGAGAUAAGCCACCCCUUUGAUGACUCGUCCGGUGUGGAUGACAACACCAAGGCCAACAUCUUCAAGCUGCUGACCGAAGGAUGUGCUGCCCGAGCUGAUAGAGUUGACGAAGUGUUCGCCUACUAUGAAGCUAGGGCUAUGGAACUACAGCCGUAUGAAGACCUUCUGCAUGGUGCCUUGGACGAAGAGCGACAGCUGAUUGUUGAGGGCAAGCGGUUCCUGUUGUUUGAAGAGAUGUGCAAGGACUCAGGCAUCACUGAUGAAUGCCUGCACUGCUUGCAACUUAAUGGGGUCUCGCUCACUGGAAGAGACUGUCCUACUCAGCUGUUCCACAGUGAGGAUGCUGGCAUUGCUAUGUCGGAGGAGCAGUUGAUGAAGUCCGCAAGAUGGUCUAGGAGAAAGAUCCUUGGUUCUAAGCAUGGUGACCUACAGUCUGAAGAAGUGCGUCAGGCUUUGGACCUUGCUGGCGUGGAUGACAUCAGCGUCAUGGCACGAACCUUUGUGGAAGCCAUCCGUGAUGAUUCUACAGUGUCGGUCACCAAGUCCAGCGGGUCGUCUUGGACAGGCAAGCUUCAUUAUUCUUGGGAGGGCUGUGCGCCCGAGAUUGGAGGCCGCACGCUGGACUUAGCAGCUGCUUACAAACAGGUUCUAGUGUCCAAGCGGUCUCUCUGGUGCAGCGUCUUAGCGCUCGAUGUUCUCAGUGCUGGAGAUUGGGCUCAACACACCGCAGAGCGGUUUCUGCGACUGAUAGGCUGGCAUUUUUCUGACAAGGAAAGCAAGCGUUUGAGCCUGUCUCCAACCUUUUCUGCUCUGGGCGUGGAGUUUUGUCUUGAGAAGGCAAGGCAGGGCAUCGUGGAGGUGAGGAACAAGGAGUCGCGGAUUGCACAGAUCUGUGAUGCUAUAGGGGCCAUUCAGGACUCCAAAAGUUUGACAGAGGCGGAAGCGUCUACCUUGAUGGGCAGGCUGCAAUUCGCCGAAAGCCAGACUUAUGGCAGAGCGGUUUCGCUCCAUAUGAAAGCCAUCAGACAGCGGGCUUGCGGCAAGAAAGCUGGAAAACACCUCACCGAAGACAUGCUGCAAGAGCUGCGGUGGGCACGUGACUUUGUUAAAGAGAGUUGUCCACGUGUUCUUUUGGCUGGGGGAUCCCACGCCAAAGUCUUGAUUUUUACGGACGCAGCGUUGGAGAACAACGACCAAGUUGGCACUCUUGGCAUGGUGGCUCUGAGAGUUGUGAGCGGAGUUGUAACGGAAAGGUUUUAUUUUUCAGAGAGCGUCCCUGACGAAGUCAUGGGACUUAUGCAACUUGACACAAAGAAGAUUAUUUCUGGCCUGGAGUUGCUUGCUGGUAUUGUUGGUGUUGUGUUGAUGAGAAGGUUGGAAUGCACAGGCCGCAUGUUCCUUUUUGUAGAUAACGAAGCUGCCAGAGCGUGUUUGAUUUCGAUGAACUCGUCAGUAGCUGUGCAUAGCGCGUUUUUGAACACGUGUGAAGAAAGGUGGGAAGAGACCUGCACACGUGCAACUUCUCAGAGGCGAAGUGCCUGGCUUGCAGAUGUUGCAAUGAGAAAGUUGGACGACACUUUGGUCCGCCCCACAGUUCAAAAGGCCCCGCCGUCAGUUUGCCUUAGUCAGCAGUUGUUUGAGGGGGAAGAGACCUGCACACGUGCAACUUCUCAGAGGCGAAGUGCCUGGCUUGCAGAUGUUGCAAUGAGAAAGUUGGACGACACUUUGGUCCGCCCCACAGUUCAAAAGGCCCCGCCGUCAGUUUGCCUUAGUCAGCAGUUGUUUGACGCCCUCCUUGUGCAGGAAGAUGGACUAGAGGGAACAACUUGCUCCAGUCGCAAGACCAGUCAAUUUGAUGAGACAGAGAGGGAAGAGGAUGACGAGGUGCUGGAGGUCAGACCAGAGGAUUUUGAGAUUAAAGAGGAAGACCUGGUUGAAUUCUCAACAGAUGGCAUUCUGACGGACAUAAACCUUGCUGGAACUACUCCCGACGAAGAAUUAGGAAAUGCUGGCUUCCAAGCACUCAGCUUGAGUCUUGCAAACAAGGUAGGCAAUCUGCGCAGGUUGAGCCUUCGCAGAUGUGGUCUCUCUGGCUCUGCAGGAUUUCGGGAGGUCGGCCGUUUGCUGACGCGGUGUUGCUCUCUGGAGGUUUUGGACGUAAGCAAUAAUGAUGCGGGAGAGGGCCUACGUGGUGAGUUUUGCGAAGCCUUGGAUGAUGCGAGGUCGUUGAGGGUUUUGGAGAUGCGAGGCUGCGGUCUUCGAGAUCGAGGGCUUGACCCUCUUUGCGCUGUAUUGGAGCGUGUUGAUGAGGCUUUGAGGCCUGUGGUGGCAGUCCAGAAGCUCAGCUUGAGCACGAAUCACAUCACACCCGAGGGUGCCAGGCGCCUUGGGAGCAUGCUGUCAACCAACUUGAAGCUGGAGGACUUGGACAUCUCUGACAACGACCUGCAGGAGGCUGGAGGUGAAUCCAUCGCAGAGGGUCUCGUUGGCAACAAGGGUAGACUGCAGAAGCUGAACAUCUCGCACAAUCGUUUGCGGGUGGGUGGUGCUCGAGCGGUGCUGGACAGGUUCCUGGAGACAGAUUCAAUGAUACAGAUGCACAUCAAGAGGCUUCCUGGAACCAAGCACGGAUUUGUGCUGGACGGCAUGACAGUGACGGGCUUGGAAUUCAUGGGCUGGGUGGAAAAGCACAAUGAGAAACAUCCCAGCGAAGCCGUCUUUGCUGGUGACAGGAUUGUCGAUGUCAAUGGCAAGACGGAAGAUGGCGACAUGAUCUACGAAUUGACUGUCGGAGAGGAUCUUGACAUCAAGCUCGCUCGUGAUGGCGUAUGCAUGAAGAACUUGGAUAUUUGCUACAAUCUCCUUGGAACAAAAGGCUCAGAGGAGCUCAUGAAGUUAAUUGGCAGUCGCCGGAAGGGGUCAAUGCUGGGAAAUCAAGCACGUCUACCUGGCGGCAGGAUAGUGCUGCUGAAUGCAUAUUGACGCAAAAGGCCACGGACUUGCAAAGCAAGUCUUUCUGGCCGUAGGAUCUUUAGGCUUUAGGGCGUAGGAAAGAUAGGACAUGGAAAUCUAGCAGUUUCGCUUGAUUUUCCAACGCUUCAAAGAGAGCGGAAAA